AUGCCUCGACCGCGCGGCCUCCAGGCCUGCCGCGGCCUUCCUCCCCAGCCGCCGGAUCGCCAAGGGAAGGAGUCACGGGCCCCGCGCCCGGGCUCAAGCGCCGUGGUGGCCUCCUGGCCCGCGCCGGGCGACCGCCGCCGCCAUCUGCCGCUGCUAACAGGGGGCCCAGAUGCAUCUUCGCCCAGCCUGGGCCCUGUUGCCGCGCCGCCGUCCGGAUCCCAUCCAGGAGCCGCUCCACCUCUUCCAUGGCCCUGCAGAGGAGACAAAAGAAAAGCCUACCUAGCAGGUCAGUGAACCAAGAGGCCACACAAACACAGCUAGGUAGAAAUUAAUGUGCACAUUUUUUAAAAUGGCUGCCUAAUAAAUAGCCAGCCCCCAUCCCAUAAUCCCACAGUCCUGCUUGGUCCCUCCUAUGCCCGCCUCCUAACCCCUGUCAAGGCCCUUUUCCGCUAAGCUGCGCUCUGGCUACAUGGGGCUACAUUCCGCAAAUUCCUUUACAUACACUUCACAUAAAAACGCAAUUGCCUGUCACCAGGGAUACAUUAGAAAGUUGCCAUGGUAGGUUGCUUGGUCAUACCUAGUACAGAGAUAGUACUAAUAAUUUAAAAUAACAAGGCAGUUUAACUUUUAUAUAUGAAUUAUUAUUUAAACAGCCAGUCCGCUUUAGAUUUCAUGAGUUUUGUGAUUUUAUUGUGAUUUUGUUUAACAUUUAUACAUACAUAAUACAUACCUUAUAAUUCAUCCUCUCUACCAGAAACCUACUUCUGACAUAUGUUCUCAGUCAAACGUCUGCCUCUCGUCUACAAAACUCCUCAAGGGAUAAUCCUUUUUAUGGAGAACAUUUAUCACCCUAUUAGUUAUCCUCCAGUCCUUUAAAAUAAAUCCUUAAAAACACACUAGAUACUAAAGAAGCACACCAUUGUCAACUACCCUUUUAAUAGCUCCCCUUAGUCGAGGCCUCCCGUAUUACCACUCUAAUGUGUGUAUUAACUCCAUUCCGCUCUCUUCUCUUCAACUAAUGUAUAUCAUAUCAUUUAUAUUUUCUAUAUCACUCCUAGCAAUCAAUCUUCCCUCUGGAUUCUUUGCACUUUACCGUUACUGUAAUUAUAGCCCGUUUACUUUAGACUGUAAGCCAAAUGUUUGUAACCUCUUGUUCUAGUAUGCCAAACUUGUUUAGACAUGAAUUACUGUACCUAUUGUGCAUUUCCGUGGAAAUAUUUUGGUGCGUUAUAAAUAAUAAUUAUGUAAAUAAAGGAGAUAUUGUUUUACUAAGAUUUAAAGUAAGAGUUUUUUGUUUUACAUGGAAAGUAUAUUUAACCCCUUAAGGACACAUGACGGAAAUAUUCUGUCAUGAUUCCCUUUUUUUUCAGAAGUUGUGUGGGGUUAAUACCUUUCAGAUUAGCUCUAGCCAUUAAUCUUACAACGUCUUAUUAGCAGAUUAUAAAAUAAUUUACAUGAUCCUAUACUCUGCCUACAUACUGGCAGAUUUAUGGACAUACUAACCCCAACCUAGGAAUAAUUGCUAAACUUGAAAAACUACAAAUUCUAAACUGUAUAAGUGCUCUAUAAAAUAAUUGCUAAAGAAAUAAAAUAUAUAGAGUUUCUUUUUUUCACAACAUGGUACUUAUUGAUUAUGUUUCAUUUGUGAAUUUAUAUAUAUCUCAUUUGGUUGUCCUAGUUGUGGUUGUGGUGAAGCCUACCCGAUAUGGCAAUCUAGAUUCUGUUGAUUGAGUUGAGUUCCAUUGUUCUGAUAAAUCCACGAUUCUGAUAAUAUUAUGUUAGAGCAUUUAAUUUGGGUUGAUAGGAAGAUUAAGCUCUCAUGGCUUAGUAUUAACAGACACAUUGCUAUACUUUCAGUCAAAAAUAGAUUAGCAGGGCAGUUCACCAAAUACCCAUAUUUCAUCACUUGCCAGAUAACAGCAAAUUAUAUGUUAAUUGGCCAUAUAUGAUUUAAAAAAAAAAAAAAAAAACAACCUAUUUCGGCUAUUUUUCUAGCAGGGAUAUUUUAGGCCUAAUUUGGCAGUUCCGAAGAAUAAAGUUGCCACCGGACAAUUUACCCUGGAAAUGUCUGUCCUGAACUGGUAGUCAUUAUCGGAAACCCUUAGUUUGUUGAUUUCAGACAAAAAAUAAGUGUUUAUUUUAUUAAAAAUAAUGGAUUUGUAGAUUGUGUGAGGAGUUAUGAAUACAAUAUUUGUUGUUUGGGAAUACCUAAAAUAUGAAAAUAAUACAUAGUUACAGAAAAUGUAUUUUUAAAUGUAUUUCCUAAUUAUUUAAAAAAAAAUAUUUGUAGAGGAUAUGAGUAACAAAAGACCAAGCUAUAUCCUUUGUUUUCUAAUCAUUCCUAUAUGUCCAGAUAACUUUGUGUUGUGGAGCAAACCAUUUUUAAAUAAUGAAUUGGGUGAGUUACUGAAACUAUAAAUAAAAAUGGUAAAAUGCAAUGUUGACUGUUAUCUGUAAGGAAUCAAUUGACUAGUAAUGGAAAAGUCUGUAUCUUUGCAUAAUUCCAUACACAAUAAAACAAAUUACUAUACUAAAUUCAGCUUUGCCCCUAGCCUUUUAUGGAGACCUUUACACCGUGAGCCACACAUGCUCCCAUAUUGUACACAGGGGAGGAAGAGGCAAAUCAACUUCCUAGAACCCCAAGUUAUGUUGCAGAGGGAAGUCGGUUAAUAUUGGACGACGCCAACGUGGAAAAGGUUCGUAUUAAAACAGGACCAUUCCAAUUAUUAUUUGUAACAAAUAAUUAAAUUCAAAUAAACUGACAGAAUAUAAACAGUUAAACAAAAGAUAUAUAUAUGUAAAUGUCUGGUUGGUUUAUAGUUGACCAUCCCUUCAUAUAGUAUCACACAUGGUUCGAAUUUAUGUUGGCAUCUAUAUGUGCCUUACCUUGUCAUUGGCUGUAUUUAAUAUUUUGUGACAUUGCUCAGUCCAGCAGCUUUCUCUUGGGACCUAUUCAUGGAAUUCAGGGCAAUUGUGACAUUGUGCUGCAAGGGUUCAAGGAUGAAAUGCUCCCACCCCCAAAUAAAAACAGAAAGAAAAAAAAAACAUGCCGACCCAAACACACACACACCCUAACUGAUUUGGCACACACUCACUGACAGACAGUCACUCUCACUGACACACACUUUCACUGACAGACACACACAUGUACCCAUUCUCUGUUUACACUGUGCCGUCCUCACGCAUAUAACACUAAGAUAUACUGACAUGUACACAUUCUCUGUACAUUGCACACAGAGACCUACAUGUACAGUAAUAUGUGUUGGUGGCAAUGUGGAGGGGCAGGGUGUGUGUGUUGGUGACAGUGUGGGGGGCAGGUUUUGUGUGUAGGUGAAAGUGUUGGGGGCUGGUUGUGUGUUGGUGCCCGGGGAGGGGGGGGGGCAGGAGGGGGGGAAACUGUGACAUACCAUUAUUUUUAAUGUAGUCAAUUCCCUGGUGGUCUGGUGGGCAGCUCUCCUUGGUGGUCUGGUGGUCAGCUCUCUCACCUGCAGCUCAGCCGAGGUCUCAUGAGCACCCAGAGUGUUACCAUGGUAAUCCGCAGCAAUGCUCUGGGAGCUUGCGAGACCUCUAUCAUAAUGUCUGCAGUCCUCCAUCCUGCAGAGGCACUGGGCUCUUUCCUUGGCAGAUUGCUUGGAGGGACCCCCCACCCGGCGGCAUAUAGGGGAGGACCCGACAGCUCAGUCUGCCCUAAGCCUGUUAUAUGAUGACAGAGUGCCACCUGGAGCCAUUGUCCCACCAGGACCUAUAGACGGACCGGCCCUGAUGGAAUCUCUCGUUAUGACUAGUUCACUCAAGUUCUUUGUUGAAUUAUGAAAUGGAUUUCAUUUUGUAUUUACAGAAAUUAACAUAUACCUAAAUCCCCGUUGCAAAUAAAUUUGUCACUUUGUGAGUUUGUUUUUUGUUGAGUUCAAUGCCUCAGUGCUGUGGGGGGCAAUGCUCAGCUGUUUUCUUUCUCUACAUUGAUCAGUGACACUUUAAUAUUGGUGUAAAAACAGCAUGUUGACCUUUCGUCUUAAUGAUCUGGCUCUUCCGCCUUGAGUGCUGGAAACUGCAGGUUAGUAGGCAAACAUUUUAAAAGUUCAGAUGAGUUCCUUUCAAGUGUGCUGGCAUUGUGCCAUUAAUCUAGUUGUCAGCUGUAGUCACCUAUAAUAACAGGGGUUGUAGGAAGCGGAAUUUCAUUAUUGUUACUUAUUCAUUUUCUCCAAUGUUGUGUAAUUGUGUACAUUUCUGCUUCCAACAUGAUUGAUAUCAUUGCAAACUUUCUAGCAGCAUGCAAUCCUUGAAGUGAAAGGAGAAAUAUUUUAACCCUUUUGGUCAAUUACCAAAUGGUUGAUGUUGUAUUUUGCAAGUUAACUAAAGGAACACUGUAUGUUUAAAAUUAAUAUAUUAGUUUUAGAUCUAGGAAUCCCAGUAUUAAUGAAAAUUUUAAUUUUUUCCGGUGGAGAAACAUUCUUCUUGUUGCAGCCAACUCCUACCACACUGCCAUGAUAAUAAUUGACGAUCUCUGGUCCAACUGAAAAUGUAUCUAGGAGCAUUGGCAACCUAUGGUGAAUGCCAGGGUCUGUCAAUCAAAAUGCUUCCAAUAUGGGCAGCUGACCCAGCCAGUUCUGACUGACAGCCAGGAGGGUGCAACUAUGGACCUUUAAUAAAAAUCUCUUGAAACGUGAACAUUUAUAAAAGUAGGCAAAGGGGACCAAUGGUUAGCCCCCAAAGCAAAUCAGAAAAAUGAAGUGCUUUAUGGGACUUGACAUUUCCUCUGAAAUAUUUUAGCAAUUAAUUUCCUUUUCUCUGAAACAUCUGUUAAAAGACCUUCGAUUGCCACACAUGCACUUUUUGUCAACCAAUGAGAGAGAAAAGAGACUGUCAAGGUUCGUGAUUCCAGGUAAGUUUUAAGGUAAUUGAUUGUGCUUUUUAAGUUAAAUAUAUAUAUAUAUAUAUAUAGUUAUUUUUUUUUGCAAAAUAAACUGAUAAGUAGUGAAGGUGUUUUUUAUAAGCACCAUUUGCUUUGUUUCAAUAUUUUUGGGGAAUUGUAUUAGUGCAUAGUUGGCAUUAUUAAUGGACUAUCACACUUUAUUUGGUAGAGAAAGUAACAUUUGUUGAAUCAAAUUUCAAAAUCAUUUUCAUUUUCCAUGUGAAAUAUAGCAAUUAUUUAUUUAUUUAAUUUGAUAUAAAGAAUAAUAGCAAAUAUUUGUUUUUUUUCCCAACACUCUCCAUCCUCCAUUACAGUUCUCUGAGCUCUGUCACAAAAAACCUCAACAUCUGAGGAAAGGGAUUUAGGGGUGAUUAUUUCUGAUGACUUAAAGGUAGGCAGACAAUGUAAUAGAGCAGCAGGAAAUGCUAGCAGAAUGCUUGGUUGUAUAGGGAGAGGUAUUAGCAGUAGAAAGAGGGAAGUGCUCAUGUCAUUGUACAGAACACUGGUGAGACCUCAGUUGGAGUAUUGUACACAGUACUGGAGACCGUAUCUUCAGAAGGAUAUUGAUACCUUAGAGAGGGUUCAGAGAAGGGCUACUAAACUGGUUCAUGGAUUGCGGGAUAAAACUUACCAGGAAAGGUUAAAGGAUCUUAACAUGUAUAGCUUGGAGGAAAGACGAGACAGGUGGGAUAUGAUAGAAACAUUUAAAUACAUAAAGGGAAUCAACACAGUAAAGGAGGAGACUAGGGAAUCAACACAGUAAAGGAGGAGACUAUAUUUAAAAGAAGAAAAACUACCACAACAAGAGGACAUAGUCUCAAAUUAGAGGGACAAAGGUUUAAAAAUAAUAUCAGGAAGUAUUACUUUACUGAGAGGGUAGUGGAUGCAUGGAAUAGCCUUCCAGCUGAAGUGGUAGAGGUUAACACAAGUUUAAGCAUGCGUGGGAUAGGCAUAAGGCUAUCCUAACUAUAAGAUAAGGCCAGGGACUAAUGAAAGUAUUUAGAAAAUUGGGCAGACUAGAUGGGCCGAAUGGUUCUUAUCUGCCGUCACAUUCUAUGUUUCUAUGCUUGUAUGGCGGCAUGAACAUUUCUUUCUUUGUUGGCAUUAUAUAGCACAAAAAUAUAUACACAUAAAACUGUAAAAUAAAUUUAUUAUAUUUGACAGUAAAAUUACAGCAUCACAUUUUUCCUACUAAGUGUUGUUAUUGAGACGUUUUCACGGAAUACAUUGAUAUGCAUUGUGUUACUAAACUUCCAUGCACUCCAAUUUGAGUUCAAGGUUAUUAAGUAUAUUUUUCUAACAUGCAAAGUAUAUAUAGUUAAUAUUCCCAUACAAUUAGUUUGUAUAGCCAGCAAUGUGAUCCGUGUGAGUUUACAAUCGACAAAGAGUUAGAAGAUUCAUGUUUAAUAGAAAAAGUAACAAUAUAUGAUAUCUAUUAAUGGUUGUCGGUAUAAAAAUACAAGAGAACAAAACAUAAUACUAAGACAUACAGUGUCUUAUGUUCUUAAAGAAUUCAGGAGCGUUAAUACACUGCUGGUAUAAGGAGGGGGUACAUCCAAGGGUCUUUUAGCCCCUGCUCCAAAAAUGUUCACUUUUCUUCAACAGCUUCCACUUAUCGUCAGUGUUUUCAUGAUCCAUUUCUCUCCAUUCCUUCCACUCCAUGGUUCCUACACACGCAGCAUUUUCAAGCGGUACUAUCAAUUCUACAUGUUUUAUUUUUAAAUCAUUCAUUUUUUUGUCCCUCUAGUUUCCCUUAUUUUUAUUUUUUUUAAAGUCACCAUAUAUUUUUAGUUAUUAUGAAGUCAUUAAUAAGGAUUGUUCAAGGGUCCACCCAGAGGUAUAUUGAUUAAGAAAGGCAAAGGUUGUAAAUACCGACUACAAUUUCAUACACUACUGAGGCAAAGUAUGCAAUUUAGAACAUCCAGGUCCUGAAAGCCUGAAUUUCUGGGUGAUUCCAGAAUAUUGGAAUACUAAGCAUCUAGUGCAAUAGGAGAAAUCUUCUGAAUAGGUGAUACAUUUUAGGCGUCUUGAAUAGAUAGUCACCCCAACUAUGUGUACACUAUUGGUUGCAUUAUACAAAAGGCAUAUUUAGAAACCAUUCAAGGUGCAUGAGGAAAAAAUAUACUCCCCUUAUGUACCAUUGAGUUGUAAGUGGUUGUAGUGGAGCCCAAAUUGGACCGUUCCAAAGGGCACGGCACCAACCCGAAAAUCAGCAGAAAAAUAGUAUUUUGGUAAAGAGCAUCAAGUAACUAAAAAAACAAUACAGUAUUCAUGAAUGUUAAUUGUGGAGGGAAUGCAGCAAUAUUUUGAUCGGUUGUGAGAAUUGUGUGACAAUCUUUUUGCUUGUUCGAACCUGUAAGGUAAUAGUUGGGCAACAUGAAGCUUUUCUUGGAAGUAAAGCAGUGGUUGUUUGGAAUGCUAACAUUCUCUGGAGUUCAGGAAUGAUUGGUGUGAGCUCAUUGAGGGAAUUAAUAAGGUGCCCAAACUAUCGUAUCCCCUCUCAAUUCAAAUAUUAAAAUGUAGCAUCAGAUUUUCUUGUUCUUUAAAGUACAUAUAACCCAUGAAGGGUAAGAAAAGAGAAUGAGAUUAAAACGUUUGAAGUUUGUUACCUCUUGUUCCUAAAAUUUAGACAAUAUCAGAGAACUUAUGUGUAAUAAAAUGAACCUUUAUUAAGUAAUAUAUAAAAAUAAUAUCACAUACAGAAAUGUUUAUUUGUGUUGCCCAAAACCUACCAGUAAAUGUCAUAUGCACUUUCUAUAUGUCUUAUAAUAAACACAAUAGGAGGAAUACAUUGAAUAAUGUGUCCAUUUAGCAAUGCCCCAUUAUGAAGUGUACCAUUAUCAAAGGUUAGAUGACUGACAGUGUAAAGUGGGAUGUAUGUGAAAAUAUACAACAUAGUUUUACACCAGCAGGCUGAAAUAAUCUUCUAUCAAAGAAGUAAUAAUAUCUUAAAAACUAAAAAUGUUUUCACUUUAAGAGAUUGUAGAUCAGUAAAUUCAUUGUGCAAAAAGCAAUGUACAGUGCAAUACUCUGAACCCUCUCCUUACUCCCCUCUCCCCCAAAACAAUACUUCUACAUAACUAUUAGCAUUGCAUUAAAUGUUUUUAUCUUUGGAAAGAACAAUGGGAUGAAGGGGAAGAAGUAAGAUGGAGAAAGAACAAUGAGAAAGUUACAAUACAGAAAAGCAAUUAGAAUAUUGAGGAGAGGCAAUGUGAUGGAACGCAAUAAGAAAAAAAAGAAAGAAAAUGAUACAGUUAUAGAAAAGAGAGUGAAGGGGGACAAGGCAAUAUGAGGAGAAUUUAGUGAGAGACUGUGAACACAUAGGAAGUUUUUGAGGGUAAACAGUGCAAUUGAAUCAGUAAAAGAGAGGGGGAGAAGGCAAUGGAAUGUUGAAGAAGAAUAAGUGGAGGAGACAGUUUGGAGAGUGAAAGGGAACAUUUAUAAGAAACUAUGUAGAAAGAGAGCGAAGAAGAAAUAUGAGGAGAAAAAUAGGAUGAGACAGCACAUAACAAGAAAGAGGAACACUUUAAUUGCCCAGAGAAUAAUGGGAAACUGAUGUAACCAUCAGACAUAAUGGGAAAACAGCACUGGAAGACCAGGAACUCAGCAAUCGAGAAUAGAUGUGGUGUGUGGAUUACCAUGAGCUUGGAGUGACGAGUUCUAGGACCUGGCAGAAGAACUAGCAUGCCAGCUACAUUUUUAUCUUCACAUUAGCUUUCAUCUACGUAUUGAGCUUAUAGACUAUGAUUGCUGCUAAUACUUUGCUGAGAGCCAACACAUGAAUGGAAUAGGGCAACCAGACAAGACUAGUAAAGAGGUAAGUGGAAAGAGUGUAGAUGUGUAUUCAGACAUAGCCGGUGAAUUCAGGACACAGGACCUGACUAGGUCUGGAAGCACCAGGAAAUCAUAAGAGAUAGAGCGCUUAAAUCUUGAAAAAGAUGUCAUGCUUCUUUAGUGGGCAGGGGAACAUGGGACUGAUGGGACUAACGGCACUAAGCCUCCAUGGAUGUUCCCUAAGCCUACUAACAGAACAUCAUGACACACAAAUAAAUUACAAAUCCUAGCUACAUCACUCAAGGUUGUGACUCAAUUGUUUCCACCACAAAUACUUUCUCGCAUGCAUCUUAAGUUAUGCCUUAAAUUUAUACUAAUCCAACCAGCAUUGACAAUAUAUAAGUAUGCUACUAUUACACAGUUAAUAAUUUGACAUCGUGAUAAGCAAAAUUACCUUCAGAGAAAACUUGCCAGAGCCAGGAUGGAUCCUCAUUGAUUAAUAUGCAAUAAUGGAAACAUUUCUAUCAGUGCUAAAUACAAAAUAAACAUUGCAGUGUAGAAAAUAUAGCAAGACAAUAAAAAUCUGUUGUAAACUAAAUUAAACAUGACUUAAAGUAAUGGGAACUUCAUCCUUGCUGAAAACAAGAACCCAGGAACAUUCAAAAAUAAUUGCUAUCUCAAAAUAUAUUUCCAGUGUCUCUUUGUAAAGGUUGAGCCAUUCCAUCCCCAUUUAUCAUGGCAGACAUAGAAGUAUGAAUUGUCCAUCUUUCAAUAUUCUUCAAUCAUAACUGUCAGGCAAACUGUUUCAUGAAUAUAGAGGAAAAAUACCAUUUGAUAUAUUUGAUUCAACAAUAAAAUUGGUAUUCCCACCAACAUCAUGCAGAUGAGCCAUUAAUACAGCCCCUUGUAAUAUUCUGCCAGGUACCAAGAUCACUUAAUCUCAAUAAAGUUGUCUGGUUGCAGUGGUCCUGUCAUUUUAACGCUGCAAUUAAAAAUAUUGCCAUUUUGUAGAAAAGGCAAUGUUUUCAUUUUUAAGGUUAAUCUCUAGUGUCUGUCUACCUGACUAGAGGUGCUUCCUCUGCAAGACCAAGUUAGAUUUGGUACGUGAUGUUCAACAUCCCUGAAGUCGUCGAAUGUUAUCAAUGCUUCUCUAUGAGAAGAAUUUGCUUGGAUGAGUGCCGUGCACUGCGCAUCUGCUUUUCGUCUUUGAGAAGCAUUGGAUUUGACAAGAAGGCAGUGAAGUAAAGCCUUCCAGAUGACAUUGCAGGAAGAGUGGGCAUUAGUAUUGAGUGAGCCUCAGCGCUAGAAAAAAGGUAAGUAAAAUGCUUUUAUCUCUAUUAUUUAUUGGAGUUGGUGGGGGAAGGUGAAUCUACAUAGGGACAAGAACACUAUAGCAUUAGGAAUACAUGUUUGUAUUGCUACAGUGUUCCUUUAGAGUCGUACAUGUAUCAUUGUUAAAUAUGAUAGUUUAAAAUUACUUAAAAAUAACAGAUUUUAAAUAUUAGGAGGGAUCUCUGUUUGACCACAGUGAUUAUCAAAAAACGGGAGCCUAACUUACCUUUCGAAGUUACCUCUUAUCAGUUUCUGGAUUAUAACAGUCUCUACGAGAAGCAUUGGAUUGGACGAGGAGGCAAUGAAGCAAAGCCCUACCAGAUGAUUUCAUGGGAGCAGGAGCGAGCAACAGCACUGACUGAGCCUAACCGCUGGAGAAAAGGUAAUUAAAAUGCUUUUUACCUAAUUUUUGUUAUUUAAGUUGGGGGGAAGGUCCUAAAACUAAAUAGGGACUAGAACAGUAUAGCGUUAGGAACAUGUUUGUAUUCCCAAUGCUAAGCCAUGCAUUUAUUAUAGGUAUGUAUUAUAGUUAAAGUUUAUUUAAAAAUAAAUAGAUUUUAAAUAUUAGAGGUGACCUCCGUUUGACCCUGGCAAUUACCAAAUAGUGAGUCUAACUUAUCUUUGAAAGUACUACUUAUCAUUCUCUGGAUUGUAACAGCCUCAACUGGGCUGUUGAAUAUUAUGACAGGCCUCUCUGCCUUACAAUACUGAAUGAAAUCAAGAUUGUUAUCUCUUAAACACACACACAGCAUAUAUCAUUUUACAACCAUUCCAAUUUGUUCAUAAACAGCAGUGUACUGUAACCCGUGCAAGCAUGGCAGGGAUGUAAUCAUGCAUGUACACAACAGGAUGUACCUGUAGCUUUACAAGCGGCAGUCUGGUACGGAUUUACUGUGAUUGUGUAGGAAUUUAUUCUAUGUUAUUAUUCUAUAUUAUUAUGUUAUUACGAACUAUAUAAACUAGAAAACUAUCAUAAACAACAAUAAUAAUCAUAUUAAUAAUGAUAAUAAUGAUAAUAAGGGGUAUUGUUUUAUAAUUGGUUGUUACGGAUCAACUUCUCUACAUAUUUGAUGAACCACUGAAAUUCGCAGACCAACCGCGAAUGCUUCAAUAUACACAAUCAGCAAUGUAGGGAGCUUCACAAAUAAAUGAAUAAAACUCAAACACAUUUCUGAAUGUCUUCAUUCAGAUUGCAUUAAACCUUUGUGUGUGUAAUUAUUAUUACGAUUCCAAAGGUGUUUAUUGCUCCCCUGUAGCCCCAAGAAGAAAGCGCAGCUUAGCAGAGUGGGCCUUGACAGGGCUUGGAGGCGGGCUUAGGUGGAGCAGGGGUUGGUGAUUGACAGAUCAGGAUUCUGAGUAGGCUGAUAUAAAUGUCGGCCAUUUUAUAACACCUCAUUACUAAUUGACUUACCAGGCUGAAUUGGUGCUUUUGUAUCUGGGCCUGGUAAGUUUGUUUUUUCUUUUGCAGACCGGGUCGGGUGUGGCCGCGGUCGGCCUAGCGGGUACCGGUGCAGGUGAUGGUGCGCAGGAUUUACCAGCAUCCGCUGGCGCUCGGCGGCGGAGCUCUGGUGCAGUGGCAGGCUCAUCACUGCCAGACAGCGUGACCCUGGAAACUGGAGGAGCUGCGCUCGGAUCGCAGGCCCCUGCGGUCGGUGAGGUUGGCCUAGGAGGAGUGAGGGAAGCGCGGGACCUUGGUGCGCAGGUGCCCCCUGGAGGCCAUGAUCGGGAACAGACUGGAGCAGGCUCAAGCUGGGACCAGGCCCUGGGAGGGCCCAACCUCAUGCAGGCAUGUGGUGGUUCUUGCGCAGGGGCAGCAGGCCCCAGGGACGAAGGGGGUGCUGCUGGGGGGCAUAGCAGGUAG